UCGCCGCUCUGUGGGUGAUUAAUUCGGGCUUGUGUCUAGCAAAUAUAACUCAAUGGCAGCCAUGUCGCAAUCACUUCGUUGUCGCCACAGUCAGAGAGGCCCUGUCACUUUUUAACAAGUUCCACAUGAGAGUACUGUGAUGGCAAAAUAAGGUAACAACGUUUCUCUCUCUCCGAGGAGAGCAGCCAACAUGAUAAUGCCACUUUGCGGUGGUGCCCAUUUUGUUUAGACAAUGCUGGUUUGUAGACACUCGAUAUAGUGCACUGGUGCUGUCAUCAGCAAAUGAUGAAGUGUGACGACAGGAGUGGAAGCUGCCGGAGUGGUCAUCUCCUUUUCCAGUCUCACCCAUGUGAGCGGAGGUGGUGUACGGGGAAUUCCUUACGAUGGCCAACACCAAUCGCUCUUCCCAAAUCCUUGGCAAUAGAUUGUGUAGCUGGGAGAUGCACCUUUAGCAAAAGUAAAAGGCACUGCGGGUAGAGCGAACACUGCUCUUUGCUUUUGCUACCUAAAGAUAUUAAAACAAGGUCAGGGCAUGGGAACCACCUAAUAAAAUGAGCAAAACAUUUUUUGAGCCGAGUAUUGAUACUACCACUGACAGUAAAACAGUGGUCUGCAUUCGUUUGCAUUAAAAAAGGCCUCACAAACAAUAUUUUAUAAAAGCUGAGGUGGAAGUAACGAAAAACAGCAAUUGCAAAUGGUGAAGCAGCUGCAAUUCUGACUAACACAAAAAAAUAAAAUGUGGAGCAAGUGUGGAGCUGCUUAUUGGUUAUAACAGGGAUACACCUUGUUUUUGAGAUACCGCCUAAAAGGUCAAAGGUUUCAAAAGCCAAAGGAAAAAAUCAGGCAAAGAAGUCAACAGACUAAUGGAAUAAAACUGAAUCUGAAUACAGCUGAUGAGCGGAGCAGUAACAAAAAAAGGGGGGGGAUAGAAAGGGUAAAAAGCAAACAUUAUCAGCAUUCUAGAAAACAAGCAAAUAUACAUCUUAAUCAUCCUGCCCAUACCUUCCCUAUGGUAACAGCAGAACGAAAUUUUCAUGGCACUUCAUAUAUAAGGCCGUUGAGAUAUUUAACUGUGCAUUUCAUUAUUUUACGCCCUUGAAGGCACAGCACAAAAAAGGCCAGAUUAAAAUGUGCAUUGCAAGCUACUGAGAGGAUCUUUUUAACACAGAACUGCUAAAUUUGCUGGAUAUAUUUGAAACAUGCACACAUGUAAUUUCAACUUCCAAUACUAAUCUCUAAUACUAAGUCUAAUACUAAUACUAUACUAAGUCCUGCAUCCUGCUUUCUCUUAAAUUGUCUUGCACAUGUUUAUCUGAAUUUUUUGCAGCACCUUGGCAUGUUGAUUUCAACAUUGCAGCGUCAGCAGACCUGACAUGUAAACUUUCAAUUACAGAUUGCAUUUUACCGAUCUGCAAUCUUUGUGAACUUGAGUAGCAAAUAGCAGUAAAAUUUUUGCAAAGCUGAUUUGCCACAUUAGUAUAUUAUUCCCCAAUACCAACUUGCCUCUGGCUGCAACUCUAAUCACUACUGCAUACCAUAUUUAUUGCAAGUUCACACUCGUCAGUGUUCACCUAGAGCCUUAUACAGUCAAACCUCGAUAUACAGAACACUGAUAUAUCGAAUUAUUGCGUAUAUCGAACACUUUCUAUAUCACGUGGAAAAUCGCAUGUAUUUUUUAUUUUUUAUUUCGGACGGGGCCGGAUGUAAAAUGGAUAUAUCGAACUCCACCGCCCCAGACCAAGUGCGCUCUGUUGACAGGAGGCGAGCUUUCCCGCAACGCUCUCGAAGAUGGCGGCGCGAUGGGCGUUCCAGACUGCUGCGUACAACAGCGGCCCACAUCGGUUGCGCCGAGGGCGCCAUUUGAACGUAGCGGCGUACGCACGCGGCGGCUUGGCGUGGCCUGGUUAGGUUGGCUAGUUUGACAACGUCAACGACAUGUGCGUCUCGGUGCUGCCGCUUGUGCUACGCCAGUCGUUGUUAGUGCGUGCAGGUGCGUGUGUGGCUGGUGUGAUGGCUGCAAACGCGAAGAAGCGGACGUCCCUGACAUUUGCUGCGAAAUUGGAAGCGAUACAGCGCGAUGAAAAUGGAGAAAAGAAGUCGAGCGUCGCCGAAGCUUUCAACAUGCCAAGGAGUACUUUGAGCACUCUGCUGAAAAACAAGAGUGACAUAAAGGCCAAGGCGGAACAGAACCAGCACUCAGGCGCGCGGCGGGUGCGCAAAGCUGCCUUUGAAGACGUCGAGAAGGCGCUGUACAAAUGGUUUGUCGACGUAAGGGCCCGGAAUAUUCCUUUAUCGGGACCAAUGCUACAGCAGAAGGCCAAGAACUUUGCGUUCAUUUUCGGCGCUGAGAACUUUAACGCCAGCAGCGGUUGGCUGCAACGUUUUAAGGCCCGCUUUAACAUUGUCGGGAAGACAGUCGCGGGGGAAAGUGAGGACGCCAAUGAAGGCGAGAUCAAGAAGUGGCUUGAACAAGAGUGGCCUCAGAUUCUCGCCAAGUAUGAGCCCAAUCAGAUAUUUAAUGCUGACGAAACGGGCCUGUUCUGGCAAAUGCUUCCACGACAAACGCUCGAUACCCGCGGAGACAAGUGCCACGGCGGCAAGCAAGGCAAGGCACGUAUCACAGUUCUGUUGGCUGCUAAUAUGGACGGAAGCACGAAGCUGCGGCCGCUUGUCAUAGGCAAGUUUCAAACCCCGAGGUGCAUGCGCAACUGCCUCAGCGUUCCGGUUACAUAUGCCUGGAACAAGAAAUCGUGGAUGACUCGGGAUAUAUUCCAAAAAUGGUUGAAGGCAUGGGACUCUGAGCUGGCGCGUCAAGGCGGGAAGGUUUGCCUCAUCGUCGACAAUUGCACAGCACACCACACAGAUGUCCAGCUGAGCAGUAUUGAAAUUCAUUUUUUGCCGCCGAACACGACGUCGAAGCUGCAGCCAUUGGACCAGGGCAUUAUUCGUGCUUUCAAGUCCAUUUAUAAGCGUCGGCUGAUCGACAUUUUGCUACUCAAGCUGCGGAUCGGCCAAGAGCUAAAGAUAGACCUUUUGGGUGCCAUUCAAAUGCUGAAGGCCUUGUGGGACAACGUCAAGCAGUCGACAAUAGUUCACUGCUUUCGGCAUGCGGGUUUCGUGAGCAGCAUUGAAGAAGCUUCCGAGGAAGCAACCCAAGAUUUGACGUUGGAUGGCACAGAGGAAGAAUGCCAGCUUGAAGAAACCUGGAGCCAGUUGGAGCGCUUUGUCGGUGCUGAGCCACACAGCAUGUGCGUUGAGGACUUCGUUGGCGGUGACGACAGCACCGGAACAGUGGCGGAGUUGACAGACGUGGAGAUCGCGGCAGAAGUGACUGCUGAGCGGCCAAACGAAGACGCUGCCGAGGCUGAUCCAGCAAGCGCUGAUGUUGCCCCGCUCCCGACUGCAACUGAGGCUGUAGCUGCGUUGGCCGUUGUACGCCGCUACUGCGGCGCAAUAGAAGGCACUGGACUGUCUCUUGUGGAUCGUUUGGACUAUGUAGAGGACGCCGUGGUCAAGCACGCGGUUGCCAAUAUGAAGCAGGCUACGCUGCUUCAGUACUUUCAGCAAACGAAAUAAAUACUUUGAAGCUUCAUGUGAGUAACUAUUGCGCCACGAUUGGUUCAUUGAUUGAUUUGUGCUAGUUUGUGACGCGUUUUCUACGUGAUUUUAUAUAUCGAAUUCUGGCUAUAUCGAACUAUUUUGCGAUCACCGCGGUGUUCGAUAUAUCGAGGUUCGAUUGUAUUUUUCUGCUGUCUGAACUGUCAGCAGAAGAAAAGUUCUUAAUGGCCCGAAGAAAAUGUCAAUACAAUGCUGUAAUGCACACAAACAAACAUGCAUGCAACCACAUCAGUCUGUAUUCCAACUAUCACCAUGCCGCAACACAGAAGCACGGACAGUGCUUGCACGAAAUCUGCAUCUGCUGGCAACUGUACACCAAGGUUGACUGCUCCCUGCAAAUCGUUUUGCAGCGUUCUUCACAUCUACUAUUCCGGCCAUUUCAUUGUAAACCUCAUCACAACAUACAGCGAGGAUGGAAUUGGUAAUACUGGAUUUGAAGCUUCCCGAUAAUUCCAAGCAAUAAAAACUUGUAGCAGAAGACAAAGUUGCCAGAGACUGUCGCUAAAUAUUCUGCAUAUUAAGCAACAACCAGUGGAGGUGUGGAUGUGCACGAUGUACAGGCCACGGCCACUGCUAGUGGGAACAUAGGAGCCUGCGGCAAUGUUCCACAGAACGCCACCACAGGCACCUCAUGGAGUGUUGCGGUGCAGGCGCAAUCAAAGCGCUUGGCGAAAAGCCUGGUGCGUCGUCUGCCACAGUUCUGCCCCUCUGCCGCGCGCACUCGCAGCUCUGAGUUAAUGCUGCAUGCAGUCACACAAAAUGUAGGAGAAACCAUAGCCAGCAGCACACCGGGCACUCUGCUUAUAGCUGUGAUUGUGCCUGUGCCACAAUUCACGAUUUGCCAGUGGUGGCGCUACUCACAGCACUGCCACGUGCUACCACUAGCAGUGGCCACGCCUGUGCAUGGAAAUGCAAGCUUGGCAACUUGAUGGCUAUGCCCAUCUAAUUAUAAUUUGGACAUGGCAGGCAACUACUGGAUUGACUAGGCCAGACCCCCAGGUAGCAACCUUUUGCUACUUUCAGUUUUGAAGAGGCGAACAGCUAGGACUGACACGAGCUCUCCUGUUCCAAAGGGCCAUGCCACAUACGUUCAUCCAUCCAUCCAUGUUUCCAUGUCGUCACGCAUGCAGAGUUGGGACAAUUAAUGGUGCACUGGAAGAUGUCUUAAAUUUCAAUCUGUAUACACACUGGAUACCGGGCUAGCAAUGGCACCAUGAGGAUGUCUGGAAAAUGUAUAGGUGACUAACUUCAGUUCAUUUGUAACCUUGGAAUAACAACCGUGAGUAAAUACUAAGAACCGAUUGAUCUGACAGAAAUGUGUUAGCAUCAACGCUUUGCAAGCCUUAAGUAACCAACAAGACAAAAACACCACAAGGUUCAUUAAAGAUGCCCAAAGGAUGUCAUUUCAUGCUGUACUCAAAGACGUGCCUUCACAAAGAUAUGUCUGAACUUGUCAAAUGACACGGGCAAUUUGCCAAGUCUACCACAGCAUGAUUCUCUUUACUCCCCUGGCAGGACGCCAGCUGCGAGCACUGAAGCACGACAUCAGGCACCACGUGUAUUCCUACUGGCUUCUAAGGUACGAAGUCGCACCACAUUCCCCCUCCUCCAACUACCUCUCCUCUCCUAUGCCUACCUUACCACUCAACUAUUUCUCCACUCUUUCCUCCCACGUUUUCAUUCACACGAGCAUUCUUAAUGCUAACGCAUUACAGUGGCAUAGUGUGUUAUUCUACUUGCUGGCAUGUUCCACAACUGCUCUACAAGCUGUCAAGGAAGUUUUUUGUCUACUCAGUAGGUUGACAACAAUAAAAGCCGUUCCCUUUACCCUGGUGCGGUGAAAAAUAUUGCCUCACCUGAUUAAAGUUCACAGCUGUGAUUUGCUACUGCCAUGGCAAGCAAAACAACUAAAAUACUGUGCCCCCCUGCCACAUUAAAACUAAGUGAACUGAUCAACCUUGCAAAACAAAGCAAUGGCUCAUUUAGAGGCUAAAGAUACUGGCUAGAAGUAGCAUCUUUUAUUUGAAUAAAUAUGAUGUUUAAUGCGCGCAUAGUGAGUGAAUGCCAGCAGUG